AAGUAAAGAGGUCUAUGUUAGUUCACAAUUAUCUGCAAUUGGAGAUGUCACCGAUAAAAGUUAGGUUAAAAUUAGGGUACCUUCGGAAAAAUGGUUGCUAAGGAAGCAAAAAGGUGUGCCGACUUACUUCCUGCCUUUAUUGACAAGCCUGUGGGUUCUGUGCGUGGCCUUUCUUGUGAUGAACGUUUUCCAGAGCCUCCUCGUGUCGAAGCUCACUCUGAAGAAGUCCAGUCCUUACAUAGACACUCCGGAAGAUCUUGUUGACAAAAAAAAUAUUCAGUGCCUUGCUCCCAGAGAGAUACAAAUCAAACACGUUUUUAAAAAAUCCGAGAAUGCCAAAUUUAGAGCAGCUUGGAAUUACAUUUCCCAUAACAUGCCACGCUCUGAGGCUUUUCAAGACCGGACACUGCGUUAUGUGGAGAGUGGCAAAUAUUGCAUCAUACAUGGUCAUCUGAUAUUCAAGAGCCGCCUCAAAGAGUUCUUCAAAAAGUAUGGAACCUGCAAUUUUCAUCUGUCUGAAAAAUACUUCUACCCUUUCUCUCUACCCAUAAUUCUUCACAAACAAGACACAGAUGAUUUCUACGAGACAUUUAACUUGGGAAUUACUCGACUUGUUGAGGCUGACAUAGCUGGAAAGUGGUUCAAAUCUGAUUUGGCGAUUUCAAAUCUUUGCACCAGUUACUCUGAUACAACUCCAAAGCCUUUGGGACUGCAACAUCUGUACGGAGUGCUAGUGGUUUGGCUUGUUGGCAUGCUUUUUGGAGCAGCAAUAUUCCUUGUGGAAAUACUAACAAAACGUGCGACAUAUUUCAAGGUUUUUCCGUAUAAGAGAUAAACGGAAAAAAAUUGUUUAACAACUAAAAAAACUUUACGUCUCAAAGUGAAAGAUUUAUUGUUAAAAUGUUUAGACACAAAUGAUUUGCGAGUGAUUUUCAUUAUACUGAAGAAAGCAACAGGCAGUGCAAAAAUAUUCAAGGGUUAAUUGCGAGAUAAAGCCACGAAUUUUCUACUGAAAGAUGAGCCGCAUAAAAAUGUAGUAACAAACGUAACAGCAAGUAAAACAGAUGUGAUUAAUUCCUCAAAUUUCAUUUAUUUAAAUUCUAGAAAUACCACGAUAGAUGUUUGGUGACAAAGACCAUUAGUUCAAAAUUAUUUUGAACUGAGAAACAAAAACUAAAUAAUGUAAGAUUCUUAUUGCUUUGAUACCUCAAUAGCAUCACUUCUUUAAGAUCAACUAAAGUCGAACAUUAACAACGAUCCACAACUGGUUAUAAAUUUAACAGUUCAUUUUUUUUAAGUAUAUAUUUUCUGGGAUAUCCACUACUACGCUUUCUGCAAAAUAUUUUAUUGAAUUGUAGACAAUUAAAAAUUAAAGUUUACAUAAUCUUUUGAAAUUUUACCAACAUUUUAGAUGCCUCACCACGAAAGGAUUGGAAAAAAGUGGCUAUUUUAUAUAAGCCUUUGAAUCAUUUACAAGUAGUAGAGUAAGAAAUAACUUUAAAUCAAAUUUAUACAAGAAAGAAUAAUGCAUUAAAGCAAAAGUUUAGCUAUU